AUGGCCCCCGCACCGAUCGCAAUCCGUCCGGAGAUCAAGGACGUUGCUCCUCCGCGCAAAGAUACCCUCGGCCUUCCAGAGCCGACGCGCAGGCGGUUGGAGAAGGCUGGCAUUGACCUGUCCAAGGGCUACCCCUACCGCCCCGCACGCCCUCUCUACCUUGACGACGUCUACAAGAUUCGCGACUAUGACCGCCCCUUUGUCGACCCGGCCACCCGCGCCGAUCCCGAGAAGAAGGCUCUCCUCUCUGCUGCUGAGAAGGUCAUUGACUUGACAACGCACAUCGGCACUGAGAUUGUUGGCCUGCAACUCAAGGACCUGACCCCUCAGCAGAAGGACGAGCUUGGUCUGUUGAUUGCCGAGCGUAGCGUUGUCUUCUUCCGGGACCAGGAUAUCUCUCCCCAGCAGCAGAGAGAGCUUGGUGAAUGGUAUGGCGAGAUUGAGGUUCACCCUCAAGUCCCGCAAGUCCCCGGCGUCGAGGGCGUCACGGUCAUCUGGCCGGAGCUGCAGUCGACGGAGCGCCCAUCCAACUUCCGUCAACCGGGCGGCGCGUCGCGCUGGCACACGGACCUGGUGCACGAGCGGCAGCCGGCGGGCGUGACGCACCUGCACAACGACGUGAUCCCGUCGACGGGCGGCGACACGCUGUGGGCGUCGGGCUACUCGGCCUACGAGAAGCUGUCGCCCGCCUUCCGCAAGCUCAUCGACGGCAAGCACGCCGUCUACCGCUCCGCCCACCCUUACCUCGACCGUAACAAGCCAGAGGAGGGCCCCAAGUACAUCGAGCGCGUGCACCCGCUCGUUCGCGUCCACCCGGCGACGGGCUGGAAGAGCUUGUUCGUUAACCGCGCGAUGACGGACCGGAUUGUGGGCUUCGACAAGGCGGAGAGCGAUGUCAUUCUGAACUAUCUGUUUGAUGUGUAUGAGAAGAAUGUGGAUAUUCAGCUGCGCUUCAAGUGGACGCCCGGCACUAGCGCGCUGUGGGAUAACCGCAUCACCAUCCACAACGCUAGCUGGGACUACGCCAACAGGGAACCUAGGCACGGCACCAGAGUGACUUCGCUGGCGGAGAAGCCGUACUUCGACCCUGCUGCGCCCACGAGGAGGGAGGCUCUGGGUCAGGUGCACCCGGAUGAGCUGAAGGAGCAGGGCGUCCCCGGCUAUUAA